AUGCUAGACUAUAGCAGUAAAAUCAGUUAUGCUAACAAAAUCAUUUGGCGAUCUGAUAGAUGGCGAUCUAGUCUGAACCCAGAAGGAAGAAUCCUCGUUCAUUUGGCCAAUCAUCACGGUAGCUCUCUCGAAUGCCUUUAUUUUGACAAAUUGACAGGCUUGAGAGACCAAGAUCUGCCCGAAUUCAGCAAAUUUACUUCCCUGAGUACGCUGCGGUGGGGAGAUGUUGAGACUGUAAAGGACAUGCCGGCAUUGCUAGGAAUACUCGAAGCUAGCGCAGGCUCUUUAAGAUCGCUCAGCGUGAAUUAUACUUUCAAUGACGGCCUCAUAGUCGGUUCAAAACGAUAUAAUAUUAAAAUUUCGAAUUUGACAGAGUACCAGACACCCAUUCACGGCUAUGGUCGCCGGAUCAUCAAGAAAAUGGUGCCAAUAACUCAAAUUAACCGGUUUCGACUGACGAACCGACAGAAAGGCGUAUAUGCGGAUACCAUAUUACCGAAGUUACAUAAACCUGUGGAGUUAGUGUUCAAUUGUGCAACCAAUGGCCCCAAAAACCUCGAUAGUAUAAUCUCCAAGCGCGCCGGAAAUACCUUGAAGAUUUUGUCCAUUUGUACAGUUUCAACAUCUUCCUUCAGUUCGUCCCGAUUAUUUCAGAAUUGCCUUAGCACCCAGAGUCUUGUCAAUUUAGGUCGCGGAUGUCCCAAUCUUGUGGAGCUUGCAGUACCUCAGAAGGUCGAGUUCAGCUUGGCUGAAGUACGGAAUGAAACUCAUUUCAGAUCCACCAUCCCUCCGAGAUCCCUCCCGGAAUUUCCCCUUCACGCCUUUCGCAACCUACAAUUACUUUUUUUGGAAAUACCGCCUAACUCGGAUCAUCGAGAAAUUUUAGAGGAUGAAGUGUUUAGAGACAGUAUAAUAGGAGAAUCUAGCUUUGUCAAAACGGCAUUUGAAGCUAUGCUCUAUGAAAGAGAGAAGCUACAGCAGCAAUACGGAAACGAGGAAAACGGAAAUGCUUCGCUACUGAGGCCUUCAAGGAAACUGGAAGUUGUUGCGAUUGGACUGGCCUCCCCUGAAUUUGUUUUUCCUCAAAAUAUUGCACGCACCCCUAGACUAUGGAAAGCAAUACAUCCCAAAAAUGACAAUGAGGCUAUAAAAUUGGAGAUUGCGAAUAUUGAUGAUGUUAUGGAUCGUGAUCCCGAAUGGAAGCUACUAAGGAGAUACCCGCUUUUAAUACCAAACGAGGGACUGUAA